AUGGCAGGUCCAGAAACUGAUGCCCAGUACCAAAGUACCAAACUGAUGCCCAGUGAUGCUCUUUUUUUCACUGGUAUCAAAAAAUAUUUCAACUCUUACACUCUCACAGGGAGAAUGAAUUGUGUACUGGCCACAUACGGAGGUAUUGCUUUGAUAGUUUUAUACUUUAAGUUAAGGUCUAAAAAAACUCCAGCUGUGAAAGCAACAUAAACGGAUUCUCAGCUGUACCUCAUCUGUUAAGUUCCCAUGCCUGAAGAAGCUAAUGUCAACUCAUCAUGUG